AUGGCACAACAAUCGCAGUCCGAGGACGAUGGCGACCCGAGGAUCUCUAAUCAUGGAGAGCGAAGACCUGCGAGCGAGGAACGGGACACGGUAGACGAUGGAGGUGAGGGCGAGGAAGAGGAUGACGACGAAGAUGUAGACGAGGAGGGUGAAGGCGAGGAAGAGGAUGACGAUGAUGAAGACGAGGAGGACGAGGAUGAAGAGCCGAAGCUGAAGUACGCUCGACUGACGAGUAACCUUGGAGCUGUAUAUCGGAACGGGGACGCUACAAGUGCGUUCUUGGUCGCUGGGGACAAGAUGUUUAUUGGAACUCACAACGGGAACAUUCAUGUGUUAUCUUUACCAUCUCUACAGCCUGUCCGAGUCUACCACGCACACUCCGCAUCGAUUUCUAGCAUAUCUAUAUCUCCAUUUCCGCCGCCGUUACCUUCCGUGGCCUACAAGGGUGCCAGUAAAGUUAGCUCCCAAAACCAAGCCCCGAAGAAAACACCGUCCAUAGCUUCCGAAGCCUCGAAAUGGAGUUCCAAAACACAGCAAUCACCAGGUGUACCCAACACCCCUUCGAAUGCGAUCUAUGUAGCUACAUCCUCGAUUGAUGGGAAGGUCUGUGUGGCGUCUUUAGUUGACCUCAAAGAUGUCCAACUGCGAGACUUUGCCCGCCCGGUACAAGCUGUGGCCCUUUCGCCAGAUUAUAAGAACGACCGUACAUAUAUCUCUGGUGGGUUGGCGGGAAAUCUCGUUCUUACCGUGGGUGGCAGAGCUGGCACAAACUCAAUGUCAUCGACUACUGGGACUGCGGCCGCGGCUGCCUCUGGUUGGCUAGGCACCAUUGGCCUGGGUACCAGCACGGGCAAAGAUACCGUGCUGCAUUCUGGCGAAGGAGCAAUCAGUACGAUAAAAUGGUCUUUAACUGGUAAAUACGUUGUCUGGAUCAAUGAACAUGGUGUAUGGAUCAUGCGGUCAAACUUGCACCUGGAAACCGUGGAUGCCGAAUCGGCCUGGAAACGCAUAGGCCACGUUGACCGACCACAAGACGACGGAUGGGAAGAAAUGGCAGGGGUGUGGAAAGGAAGAGCCGAGUGGAUAGACGAAAAGAAUAUCGAGCCCGACGAUGAUGCCAAAAUGCGGGAAGCCUCUGCAUUAUCACCAGCUAGUGCAAAGGUAAAACAACAAGUCCCUAAGGACAACAAGCGGAUCGAAAAGCUCCUCAUUGGCUGGGGUGGUACAAUUUGGAUAAUCAAUGUGCAUCCUGGCGGCGUUGGUGUUGGGAAACAUGCUGGAGAACGGACAGUAGGAUACCCUGAAAUUAUCAAAAUUUUACGCAUGGAUUGCAUUAUUUCUGGAUUGUCGUUAUAUACCCCUACUUUGCUUCUUGUACUUGCUUAUAUCACACCCGAUGAGAAAGAUGAGGAGAAUCAGCCCCCGAAGAUGCACGAGUCAAAAGGAUCGACGGCCUCAACCAGCAGUGAACCCCGAGGUGGGAUCCGUCACCGUCACAAUGCCUUAUCACCGGAGCUACGUCUUAUCGAUCUCGGUACAUCCGAGGAAGUCGAUACAGAUACUUUGACUGUAAGUCGAUUUGAAAGGUUAUCCGCAACGGACUACCACCUUGGUAUCUUACCUCCCACCCGGGCGCCUCCUGUUGCGCAGACGUCGCUCGGCACACUAGAGGUUUUAAGUGGCAUGGGAAGUGGAAUGUGGAAUGCUACAAUCAAUGCAGCAACUCUCCUCAGUUCCGCUGCAAGCAUUCAAAGUAACGGUAGCAAGGGAUCUGGUAACAAAACUGAAAGUGUGGCCAGUACUGCUAGAACAAAAAUGGGGCACGCCACCCACAAUGUUCAUCCGCAUUUUGAGGCUCAUGGUAUGAAAAUAUUUAUCCACAGUCCUUAUGAUUGUAUAUUGGCGACAAAGAGGGAACUUUCGGACCACCUGUCAUGGCUGGCAGAACAUGAGAAGUACCAGGAAACCUGGGAUCUGAUUGAUCAGCACCCCGAGAUAAUAUCUUCUUCGCUAGCAAAGCUCGCAGAAAUUGGGCCUGACACAUCUCCGCAACCAAGCAACGAUGAUUUCUAUGAGGAUUCCGCCACAAUGGCCGAUUCUGCGAGUCUGUUAAUCAAUUCCGCCGUUGAGAAGGAGAAACGUCGUAUCGGCGAACUGUGGAUACAGCAGCUGAUCAAGACUGAUGAUUGGGUUGCUGCUGGGAAAAUUUGUGGAAAGGUUUUGAGGACGGCCCAGCAAUGGGAAGAAUGGGUUUACGUUUUCGUUGGGGCGAAGAAAUUCGAUGAGAUAGUAUCAUUUAUACCGACGACUCAAUUACGCCCUCCACUUCCCUCGCAGAUAUACGAGGUCCUUCUUGGUCAUUACAUCCGCCACAAUCGCCCAAGGGUGCGAGAGCUACUUGAGCAAUGGCCAUCAAAUCUCUUUGACAUUACGAGCGUCACUAAUGUGCUAGAAAACCAGCUCAAAUAUCGUGAUGUCCGCGAGGAUAGCGUUGAAGAUGGCCAGGUUGGAAGAGACUGGCGAAUUAUCAUGGAGAGCCUGGGCAAGCUCCACAUAGCAAAUGGACGACCUCGGGAAGCUUUGAAGUGUUACAUCCGCCUCCAGGAUGCCGAUACUGCUCUGGGCUUGAUCAAGGAAUACCACCUCGUCGACGCUGUUGCUGAUGAUAUACCUGGCAUCAUCCUGCUGCGCGUCUCGAAAGAACAGAAAAGGACAGCUUCCCUCAAAGAGCUCCAAGAAUUGACCUCUGAAGCCAUUGACCUGCUUGUCAAUGAGGCCAGACAAGGAAUUGUCCAUCCGAAGGUAGUCGUUAACCAACUGGAAGCUAAACACAUGUCUCUUUAUCUAUUCUUUUAUCUGAGCUCUCUUUGGCGCGGCGAUGGAAUUGAGGAUGGGCAGAGCGAGAGUCGAGAUAGGCUUCUGGCAGAAAGUAGAAUCCUUGUCAAUGAGUUUGCGGACCUCGCAGUCCAUUUAUUUGCCCUAUAUGCCCGAGAUCUCCUCAUGGACCUUCUUAAGUCGUCUACUUCCUAUACUUUUGAAAAGGCAACCCAUGAGUGCGAAGAGAGAGACUAUAUUCCCGAGCUUGUCUAUCUAUACUCCAAAACCGGCCAGACCAAACGGGCGCUGUAUCUCAUCAUUGAUCGCCUGGCCGAUGUCUCGCAGGCUAUCUCGUUUGCCAAAGAGCAGAACGACAGUGAUCUCUGGGAAGAUCUUCUCGAUUACUCAAUGGAUAAACCACGGUUUAUAUGCGGUCUCCUGGAAGAAGUGGGGACAGCAAUUGAUCCUGUAACACUUGUCCGUCGCAUUCCAGAAGGGUUAGAGAUUGAAGGUCUACGAGAGGGCCUCAGUCGGAUGAUCAAAGAACAUGAAAUACAAUGGAGCAUCAGUUCUGGGGUUGCAAAAGUCCUAAGGGGCGAAGUGGUACUAGCCCAGGACACACUUCGUUCUGGCCAACGCAAAGGUGUCAAAUUUGAUGUAGUUCAAAAAGGGCGAGAUCAUGUCGAGGUUAUAGUCAAGGAUGCCCCCAACCACAAGGGCGAAUCGCCUUCCGGUCCUGGUCGCUGCGUCGGUUGCCACGAGCCGUUGUCUGACAACGAAAUGGAAACACUCGUCGGCUUUGCAUGUGGACACGUCUUCCAUCUCAGCCAUUUACUCAACUACCGAAAUAAAUCGCGGCCGGAAACGCCGCCGGACGUAGAUUUGGACGAGAAUGGGGAGUGGGCUGUGAUACAUAGUGUCGGCGCUAAGGUUACGCACGCCCGGUUACUGAGAGACAAAAUAAGGGAUGGCUGUCCUGUUUGUGUUACUCAGCCGGCUGGGAUAUGA